AUGAAUGCCGAAACCCGAUCCAUAUUCCAGUUAUACCUUCAGCAAGUACAUUUGUACGAGUCGUCUCUUAAAAGCAGAAGUGUAAUGAGCAAUUCCGUUAAGGAAAACAGAAACUUGAAAGAUCGUUCUGCAAUAAAAGAGGAGUUUGAAAACAUCCCGACAAUACCUGCGCUCGAUUUACUAGUCGGGGAUGUGGUCGAAGUGCUUAUGAAGGCCACGACGUUAGCAUUAGUAGUUUGUCUUCUUGCCUCUCUACAUGCUGCUGUAUGUGGUUUCUUAGUACGCUACACCCUGUUCUGGGAGCUCUUUUCUGUGGUCAGUGUGGCCUUCUGGGUAUCUUCACUGCGGCGGCUAUGGAAUGUAGCUCAAUUAGCCUCAGUAAUUAAAGAAGCCUUAACAGGAGCAAUAGUAAUAAGCGUAUUUCAUGUAAUGUUGCAGAAUCAAGAGGUGAAGGAAAAAUUUCAUCCGUAUGGCUCCUCGGUCAUGGAUUAUUUUCAAUUUGUUGGUCUGGGAACAUGUAUAGCAGCACCAUGUUUUUUGGUACUUGAUAAAAUACUAAGCGCAUAUGCUCGAGAGAAUUUUAGACGGCAGGCUCUUCUCUACGAUGAGCGUUCUAAGGCACGACGUGCAUUUUCUGAUACAAUAGAGCUUAUUAAAGAAAGAAAACAAAAUUUUUUGGACACUGCAUCCACUCUGCUGUGUCAUAACACUCAGAUGGCACUGGAAACGAUCGAGCAAUUAGCACCAUCCAAUUUUCUUUCCGGCUCGCAUGAGCAGUUGACGGCUUGUUCGAUACCUGUUCCGACGGCUUCCAUAGAUGCGGUGCAUACCUCACUCAAGGCUAUCGAAUACAUUUCAACACACAUCGAACGUUUAUCUAAGCUAAUAUAUGCUACACCAUCUGGUAUACCUUUGUCGGAUGUGAGAACUUGUUUUGAUAUUGGUCAGAUGGUGCAGAAUAUAGGCGAUGCAACAGCAGGCGGUGCUGCAGUUGCGCAAGUCGAGUUAAUAAUAUAUCACGUCGAUUAUGCAUUUCACCAUCUUAACGUCAUUGGCGAUGAAUCAGCACUCAGAUAUUCUUGUAUGUAUCUUCUAAAGCGUGUCAUGGAUCAAAUACAGCCUGGAGGCUCUAUCGAGUUGGGUCUUCAAGUACAGACGUCAAAUUACGGAGAAGUUCUGCCAGCGAACAAUCAGCCUAAUAGAUCACACGAUAAAUUCAAUUGUACGAUUGAAAUAAGCCAUGCAAUUAACCCGUCAGUCACUGAGGCAACAAGUCCCAAUCCAGCUAUCUUGUUGGCUAAUAACAUGUUGAGCGUCCUGGGUGCUACAUUGAUAACAGAGACUUGCGAUGGAAAGAAACGUUACUCUAUCAGUUUGGAGAUGGAUGCCGGUCCACCACCUGAUUGCUCACUUGUAGACGAGGAUACGCGAAAACGAAAUUCGUAUUCUGCCAUGUCUGGUGAACCUUCUAUCGAAGAGUUAAUCAAGUUCUCUCAGCGCCUACGUGGGUUAAGAGUUGCUUUAUAUGCGACUAGCAAGAGUUCUUUCGCUAAGCAUCUAACUAGUUGUUUGACCACCUGGGGAACUGACAUUUCGCAUCAUCCUGUGGGAGGGGAAGAAGACUUGGAGACUCCACGAUCAGAAACAGGGCAGUCAGAUUCAGCACCAAAUUCUAAAUCAUCGUCAUCAGCGCCCAAUACCACAGUAUCGAGUUCAACUACUAAAUGUGACAAAGUUGAUGAAAUACGCGCUCGCAAUGCACGGGUGCCAACAUUUAUUAUUAUUGAUGAUGAUGUUGAGGCACUGAGGCAGUGGCUAACUUCACAGAAAGACUCACAAUCUCAUAGGACAGGCGUUGUUAUGAACAAUAAUCGGCAAUCGAGAACUAAACAUCCUAUGCAAGUUCCAAGCCUCUCACAACCCAAUACAGCGAUCAUACAUUUUACAUCUUUAUCGAAAUAUAAAUUGGUAAAGGAUAUGAUUCAAACGGUCUUCCCUCCCACGGAUUCUAGAUCAUAUCCGCUACCUCAAGUACUGGUAAUUCCUAAACCAGCUGGUCCACGACGGUUUCUCACCGCAUUGCAUACAGCUCUCAAUAAGGUUGUAGUUGAUCCUGUCUUUAUGCCUAUAGCCACAUCGCCAAUGAGUCCAGGCCACCCAGGAUACAAUAGCGAAGCGGAGUAUAGCAAAGAUGUCACAGAACAGCCCACCAAUACAUAUUUUUCUAGCAGUGCUGCAGCCAUGUCUACUUCUUCUUCGUCAGUUGGAAGAUCACCCGGAAGUGGCUCAUCAAGUCCGAGGACGGGACCGGGAGGAGGCGUAUUAGUUAUUCCUAAGAAUGCUAAGCCACUUGGUGGUAUAUUCAUAAAAGGGGUGGAGAAAGAAACAUCGCUUAGAGUAGAAAACCUACAGGGAUCUGGAAGGGUAUAUUCAGAGCCUCCAUCGCCUGUUGUUGGUGGUGCUAUGAAAUCAGUCAACGGACCGCAAACUGCUUCUACACCAAUAAGCUCGCCAGUCUUACAAUCACCUAACGGUUUGACAAAUAAUCGAAAUAAACCUCCACCAAAGCCUAGAGAACCAGCAAGUAUUCCUAUCAAUGUAUUGAUAGUCGAAGACAAUCCAAUCAAUCAAAACAUCAUAAAAACAUUUUUGAACAAACUCAAGAUAAGACAUGAAACCGCUAACAAUGGGCAAGAAGCUGUUGACAGAUGGCGAAAUGGUAAUUUCCACAUUGUCUUGAUGGACAUUCAACUUCCAGUAAUGGAUGGGAUACAAGCCACCAGAGAGAUUCGUCGUUUAGAACAGUUACAGAACAUAGGCGUAUUGGACUCAAUUCCGAACUCAUCGCCUGCUGCAUCUCCGAAUUACGAAAUGCGCGCGCCCGUUAUAAUUGUUGCUCUGACAGCAUCGUCAUCACGACAAGAUAAAGAAAAUGCGCUCGCAGCAGGGUGCAAUGACUUCUUGACCAAACCUACUACCCAGCUUGGAGUAAGUGGAAAAAGGAUCAAGAACGGAAAGAGAAGGAACGAGUAUUAA